CCUAUUAUCGCCCACAGAUGGUGGUGAGAAAUCUCAAUCCUAACAAGCAUUUGGCAAGAAACAUAACACAGGGAUGUCUGAGAUACUCCAAGGUUUAUACAUUGGUGAUCAACGGGAUGCCUAUGAUGAUGAUUUUCUCAAAACCAACAAAAUUACACACAUCCUUACAAUUGAGAUGACUCCAAUAACUAAGGACCAUGCAUGCAAUUAUGCAUACAAGUUUGUGUAUGCAAGGGAUAUGGACGAUCAAGAUCUUCUCGGUUACUUCCAGGAGUGUUUUGAUUUUAUUGAGGAGGGCUUAGGAAUAGGUGGCGUGUUAGUCCAUUGUUUUGCUGGUUCUUCGAGAAGUGCUACAAUUGUGCUUGGGUACAUAAUGCACAAACAAGGCCUGUCUCUUAGAGAGGCUGUGGGGCUAAUAAAAAAGCAUAGGAAAAUAAGGCCAAAUGAUGGUUUCAUCUCACAACUACAGCUGUUUGAGUUAAUGGAUAGAAAGAUAGACACCCAACAUGAGCAAUACAAACAGUACAGGCUGGAGAACCUGGCAUUGAAGAUGCAGAGAGGUAGCCAUGGUGAUACUAUGGAUGGCUGUUCACUGGGAGACGACCCUCUUCUGUCAGGAUCUGCUAACUCUAAAUGUUUCUACAAAUGCAGAAAAUGCAGGAGGCCUUUGUUUAAAGGAAGUGCUCUACUGACACACUAUGAAGGCAAAGGUCAGAUCGCAUUUCUCAACUGGAAGACUCCACAAACUAUCAAUGACACUUCUUUUGAUGACACAGACACUUCCAAAGUGGACACUUCCAAUAGUGAUGACACACUAAGUAGUGCUAUUUCAAAACUUGACACUUCUGAUGUGGACAUGUCUGUAUCUCAACCAGAUGAGAAAAACAAUGCAAAUAUUAAAAAUGUGAUAAAGGACACUUCCAAAAUUGACACUCGUGUUGGUGAUACAUGUACAGCAACCACACCCAUGCCAUGUACUAGGAGCUUAUUCAUUGAACCAAUCAAAUGGAUGGAAAAUGAAAUCUCAGAAAUAGAGGGAAAGAUAAUGUGCCCCAAAUGCAGCGCUAAACUAGGAUCCUUCAAAUGGAUGGGUGAACGAUGUCCAUGUGGGACUUGGGUAACUCCAGCAUUUCAUAUAAACGCAGGAAAAGUUGACAGAGCAGUACCUCGUCCUAAACCAGUUGCUAGGUGACCCAGCCCUCCAUAUAAAUGUCCACAGUGUUGCUCCUUCAAAGACAGUAUAUGCUUAGACCCACAGGCAAUGUUUUACUUGUACAGUAAUGCAAUCAGGGACUUCAGAUAGUGAUCGACAUUACAGUGUCACAAAAUUGCAGUUUAAGUUUAACAUCUACAAUAAAAUGAAAUCUCACAAGUGAUAUUUUUUAUUUACUGUAAAUACUGAUAGUACCUCGGGGAUGGCAACAUAUAUCCUAAAUAAACACAGAUUGAUUGGUAUGCCCUCUUUAUUUAAAGAUCUUCACUAAAAACCUCUUUACUUGCAGUUAAUUUGAUAUUAAUUCGAAUGACUAAAGUAAAUAAGUUUGGUUUGCAAUGUCACUUUAGAUCAAUCCUGAGCUUCUAUCUGAAUUUUUUCUGAAAAAGACAAAAUCAAAACUACAGCUACAAAAUCAACAGUAAAACUCAGAGCAGAACAACUUCUAGGGAUGACACAGAGCUCAACAUUUUGGAAAAUAAUUCCGGAGAACGCAAAACGUUAUUUUCACGCAAAACGAAAUCUGAUGUUUAUUUCCCUGCUUUGAGAUAGGUUUUAAUUGUAAUGAUACAAAAAGAUCUUGUCGAGAGUGAUGCAGUGAUAAAGUAACAAUGGAAAAUGCGACGAUCUUUUACUGCCACUGUGAUGAGUUAUGUAUACAUUACGGUGACUGUUGUAAAGAUUAUGGACAACAAU